UGAAUGGAAAAAUCCAUCACUCACUUCAAAGUGUUUAAAAUUUUUCGAAACCAGCCCCAUUCACUCAGCACUAACUUAAAGGUCAUUUUUUUUUUGAAAUCGACGCUGUGGGUGUGGAGAUCGUCCAUCAAGCACAGUUUUUCCGGUGGUUGAUUUACGUAUACGUAUACGGUUUAAACUAUAAUUCACCCCCUCUACCAGUUUAAUGUAGCCUAUGUAGGCGCCCCAGGGAGGAUAAAAUCCUAGUUAUCCGAAACAUCGCUGUGUCCUCAUCUUGUCCCGUUGCCCGCCUGUUGAUCGUCGCUGCCGUCGCUGUGCUACUGCUAGUUGUGUUUAAGAACUGCGACAAUUGUUUUUCCAUGGGGCUGUCGGUCAUUUUGAUGGCAUUGCUUCUGCUUCAAUCGGCGCUGUCGCUAACCGACGACUCUUUUGAGGGAUACGAGAUCUUCGGGCCGGAUGAGGAGGCCGACAUGGAGCCCUACAUGGACCGACAGUCCAGAGGCAACGACAAAUUCCUGCGGUUUGGAAAAGCCUUUUGGGACUACGAGAGCGGCAACGAGGCCCCAUACAGCGACAAAGCGGACCAACGGCCCCCCAGAACUGGAAGUCUUCCAGACAAUCCUCAGCAACGCUCGGCCAGGGACAAAUCCAGCUUCCUGCGGUUUGGCAGAAGCAUAAGUGAGGGCAGCAAGAAGAAGCGCGACAAACGGCAGGCAGCAGCCAGCGCAGAUGCUCUGAAGCGCCAUGAGAACUACCUGCGCUUUGGCAGAACCGCCAGCUCCAACUUUAUGCGCUUUGGACGCAACUUGGGUGCGCAGGGCGGUCUUUCCGAAGAGGAGCUAAUAAGGCCCAGUUUGGAGUCCCGCAACAGGCACUUACUAGACUACUUGAAAUCGCUUCUACGACAAUCAGAUGGCAGGAUUAGCCAUCUAAAUUAAAUCUCCAAUUUUGACUGAUUUUUUCGAUAAAAUUGCCUCCCCAUGUUCGUUCUAAGCGGCUGGAACCCUUUGCAAAGGGUCUUGGGACGUGCAUGGGGGAGCGCUUUAGCCGGACGUAUACCUGGGGGCUUACAACUCGUAUCUUUAGUGUUUAUUUUUUAUGUAUUUGGCUCAAUGCUUGGUUAACUACCGGGAUAUAUUAAGCAAGUUUAGUUUAGAACAAGUCUGGAUGCUGGAUUCCCACCCCUAUAUAUUAGUAUUAUCCAUAAAAGUAGGCAGAUGAUUGGUUGAACUUGAUGUUGUACUACAAGUAAGCACUAAUCAGCCCUUGAUAUUAACGUUAAUUGAUACUUUAUUGUAAAAAUGGCAUUAAUAAAAUUGCGAAAGUUCUUUUA